AUGGAAAUGGAUAUACGUUCUACGAGAAUGCCGAAGAGUGAUUUGAGUUGGCUCCAUGUUGGUUUCAGCUUGUUAGCAAUACAUGGAUGUUGCCAAUUCAUCAUCCCGUUACAAGUGCUCAGCAGGAGGACGUCCCAAUUAAGAGAUUCCUUGCCAACUGUUUAUUCUAGAGGAGGCAGUGGACUUUGCGAAGACACCUGGGCAUUGGUCUUGGAGCAGAUUAGGUUGGAUCGGAUACAGGUACGGCUGGUGGAAACUUACUUCUUCCACCUGGCACUGAUUGUGAUGAGCAGCCUCUGCAGAGCCGCUAUCGGUCUUUACCUUUUUGCCGGGAUCCUUCUGGACUUUAUUCCUGAAACUUCGUUCAUCAGCGACAAUUUAAGAACAUAUGUGGCCUUCACUCACUUCGCUUUAACUGUUGAAUCAUUUUACAAGAUCUGGUGUGUGGCACAUUCAACAGCUAACGCUAAUAACCAGGUAGCACAGGAUUACUCUGAUCUUGUAUAA